UUCACGGAGGCUGGAGUCCCUGGAAGGACUGGGGCCCUUGUACCAAAACAUGUGGAUCUGGACAACAAACAAGAGAGCGAAAAUGUGAUAGCCCCAGGCCAGAACAUGGAGGAAGACCGUGUGAGGGGUCUGGAGAACAAGCGCGAGUGUGCAACACCAGGCAAUGUCCAAGUAAGAUUCUCACCGUUGCUUCACCGUUGCUUAACCAUUUUCCUGUAUUUUAAAAAUACAUGUGGGAGACUGGUAGCCCAGCGGUUAGUGAGCAAACUCCGGGCUGAGAGGUGUGGUUUUAAGCCCUAACGUAGUCACCGUGUUGUGUGUUUAGACCCAGAGGUAUGGCUGAGGUGCCGGCGAAAUGUUAGGGAAACCUAGCGAAACGUAGGGUGGAGGGGAGGGGAGGGGAGGGGUGAAGGGGAAGAAUGGGGCUGCCUGCAAUGGAUAAGUAUUCCAACCAGAAGAAAUAAUAAUACUACUAGUCGCUUUGAGGUACAAAAAUCAGAAUAAGCUCCAACGACUUGGCUCGAUUGUAAACUUUAUUUUACUUUAUUUAGAGUUAUACUGCUUCUUAUCUACCAUCAAUGUUUCUAUCAAUGAAAGAAAACUUUACGUUAACCGAAUGACGCCAAGUAAGUUUAACCUUUUGGUUUUUGUACACAGUUGAUGGACAGUGGAGUGAAUGGAAACCUUGGACAGAAUGCACAAGAACUUGCGGCGGAGGAGUUCAGACGCGUGCCCGCACGUGCACUCAACCCAGUCCCGCGUAUGGGGGAAAAGAUUGCGAAGGUCGUAUAGACGAGACUAGACCUUGUGGCACUGACGCAUGUCCAGGUAAACUAAUCUGAAAAAAAAGCCUGACAUGAGAUAAUUGAUAUUUGAUACGAGAGUUUAUUUGUAAUAUGUAGGAGGGAAGGUUCUAAGAGGUAUUCAAGAGCGGUGGGAAUAACUGUAGAGCAAGAAAUGAAUGGGAAAGGAAAUGUCACCUAGAGGGUCUACCUUAUAUAUUUUUGCGAAACGACAUCCUCAGAUGUCAAGUAGUGUUUGAAUAGGCUUCAUCUCACAGAAAUUAUAAUUCCGAUGUCAUCCGUAGUUGGAACAAAUGUGGAACGAACAAAUUGAAGAUAAUGUAUCCAUGGCGAUUUCUAAAGAAGUACUUACAAAAGUGUGAAAAAUUUGAGCCGUAAAAGCAACCGUUAUGAUUCGGAACUUGGAUUUUAAUAGUAGGUCUCUAGAAAGGUGGUAAGUCAGAAGACUAUCGCGUGAUGUUGUGGCACCGAAUUCUUAAUCUAUUUAUGAAAUGAUUUCAGUCGAUGGGAACUGGGCCGAGUGGACAGAAUGGCGGGAAUGUUCCAGGUCCUGUGGCGGUGGAUUCCAUUCUCGAUCAAGAACCUGUACCAAUCCCCGCCCGAAACAUGGUGGGAAAAACUGUUCGGGAAGACCCGAUGAGACUCGGCCUUGUAACACGCAGACUUGCCCAGGUGAAAAAUCUUACAAAAAUCAAGAAAAAAUAUCAAAAAAUUGUAGGAGUGAGAAGUGUUUUUUUAGUUAAAAUAGUAACCGACUUUGGUUUCUCUCACACAUUUGGCGUGUUUUUUUUUUCCUUUAAAGACAAUAAAGCCGUAAUUUUGUAAAUGAGCGCUUCUGUAGCGUCGGAUCAUCAACAAAAAAUUGGUAAAGGGCAUCGCUGCAUCGACAUUUCAGUAACCAAAUUUGCCUUCUUGCUUAAAUAUGUUUCAUUUUCACAGUGGAUGGCCAGUGGAGUGACUGGACUGACUGGACGGCCUGCUCAAAGUUGUGUGGUACAGGUGAACGAGAGAGGACCAGAACCUGUACCAAACCGGCCCCAGCCAAUGGCGGAAAACAAUGCUCUGGUCGAGAUCGGCAGACACAGGAGUGUAAUGUUCAACCAUGCACAGGUACGUUACAGCUAAAACAAAACUUUUUAAAAAAUGUUUCUACGAGACUCUUAUUUUUUUAGACUAAGAGGAGUACGAUUUUUCGACGAAGUCUGUUUCACGAGUCAAAAAAUAUCGGCGGGAAAAUAAUUUGAUUUUGGCGCGCCACUUGGAUCUCUGGGGUGAAAUGCACGAAAAUUUUUCGUGUGCCUCACAUCCAUAGUUACGUGCGGCUGGCGAAUAUCCGUUUUUUUCGCUGAAUUUUUUUAACUCGCACGAUGGACUUCGCCAAAAAUGAGGGACUUCUCAUAGCCUAUGAUUUGUGCCAAACAUGAAGCCAAGGGAUAGAACGCCACGUUGAGUUCGAGCAGUUUCGGUAUCAAUGAAUGACGAGGUACAAUGAGAGUCGGAUAUUCCUGGCGUUCUUUUAUAAAUGUCUUGAACCUUUACAGUGGAAUUGAAGCAAAACAUUUAAGUAAGCUUGAAAAAAAAAAGGUUCAAUAUCAAGUGAAAGCGAGAAUAUUGUAUACUUGAUUUAUAUCGAAAAAAGGAACACAAGGCCUUGAAAUUUUUUCCUGCGCAGACCUACUUUUUUAAAGCUUCAGAAUCGAACGGAAGUGAUGUAAGAUCGCUAACCAUAUCCUUCUCCUUUGAUAACUAGGUUGCUCUGAAAUCGCUGAUAUUGCCUUUCUGGUGGAUGCGUCGGAAAGCAUGACAGAAAAAGACUUUGAAAAAGAGAAAGACGUUAUCAAGAAAGUUGCAGCUACCUUCGACGUCGGCGAAACUAAGUCCCACCUCGGUCUCAUCUCAUUCAGCAGUAACGCAAACAUCGACGUGAAAUUUGGAGACCUUUUGGACCUGCGCAGUUUCCAAGACGAAGUCGACAAAAUUCCAUUUUCAGCCGGUGGUACACGAUUUGACAAGGCGUUCGGCGUAGCGGCCAACGGGUUGUUCUCUCCUAACGGCGGAGUUCGCUCUAAUCUCCCCAAAGUCCUGAUCAUCCUUACAGAUGGCAAGCAGAGCGCUGAUUUUGAUGCUGUGCCAGUGGAGAAAGCGGUGCUUCCCUUGCGCCAUCUUGGCGUCCGGGUUUUCGUCUUAGCGAUCGGGAGCCAAAUCGACAUGGUAGAGCUUCAACAAAUGGUAACAAAUCCAAAAGAUAUUCUCGUAGUGAAUAAAUUUGACGAGCUGUUAGAUGACGUGAAAAAGAUUGGAAACAAAACUUGUGAAACCAUCAAAAGACCCGGUAGGUUGUUGAAGAAUGAAGCUUUUAGAGAAUGUACAUUAGCUCAGACCAGAUCCUUAUGUUAACGAGGCAUACACAAAUUAGGCAACCGCAUACUAACAGUGUAGCCAAAGCGUAUGUAUAUAGCUUUGUAAUCCAAUGGAUGUUUAAAGCAUAUACUCCAAACCAGGCAGAAUGGAAGAGCAGUAAAGCUUUGUUGUCGUGCCCAGGCCCAAAUGUAUGUGUAGUCAAUCCACUCGAUCGUGAGGGAUCCGAGGAGGAGACUAGAUAGAGAGAUUGGCUUAAAACUUUGAAUAUAAAUACUCUUAAACAUGAAGCAAAGGAAAUAUCUAAGAAAGGUAACUAAGACUUCUCGUUUACCCGUACCUUGCCUACGUCCUUGGGCGUUGACUUGGGACAGUUCUUAUAAAGUUCCUGUUACUUAUGCUUGUGCCUCCUCGAGCAGAGUAACACGCAGUUCCUUUAGAAGCAUUGGCACAAUAACUCUGGCCCUAGCUGCGUGAACGAUAUAAAACAUCAACGAAAUUCUGUGAAUAACUGUUUGCAGAAUCAACUGCUCACGUAAUUAAAACUAAAAUUCUAGGUAUUGAUUUUUUUCUUAUCUCACUCUGAACUCAGAACUUCUCUGCACCGAAAAGGCUGAUGUUGCUUUUCUCAUGGACGGGUCUGAGAGCAUGACAGAGCAAGAUUUUGAGAAGCAGAAGGACUUUGUAACAAGAGUUGCUGAAUCAUUUCACAUGACUCCAACAAUGACUCAAUUUGCCCUCAUUACCUACAGUAGCAGCGCAAACCUGCACAUUCGGUUCAAAGAUCACAUGAAUCAGAGCGCUUUUAGCACGAUAGUAAGACAACUUCCCUUCGCGGCCGGUGGAACACGAUUUGACAAAGCUAUCAAGCUUGCAGCGGAGAACGUUUUCACAGAAGAAAGUGGAGCACGGCCUGGUGUGCCAAAGGUUAUGAUCAUUCUCACAGACGGGCAACAGAGUCAAGACUACGACGCCCUACCUCUGCAACAAGCUGUCCUUCCAUUGCACCGCCUCUCGGUCCAGGUUCACGCUGUCGCGAUCGGCAAUCAAGUCAAAAUGGCGGAGCUACGCAAGUUAGUACAGAAAGAAGAGGAUAUUUUCAGCAUAAAGGACUUUGAUAAUUUGGUUGACAAGUCUCGCCAAUUGGCCAGUAAAACGUGCGAUAUCAUAACGCGUCCUCCUCAAGGUAACUACGGCUGUUAUGGCCUUAAAAAAAAUGUAAAAACUUCAUACCUUUUCCUUCUAAGUAACUUUCCGUCAAGAUAUCGCCAAUUCUCUGGCCACUGCUUGGUUAAAUUUCUCUGAUAAAAAGUAUUUAAAGCUGUGCAAAAAAUUUUGAACUCGGUAGUCGAUUAACCUAGCUUCACAUCCUAACUUAAGCAUGCAUAUUCUCCAUACAUUUCCUAAGAUGUUGACAAGGAGAAUUUGUCUAGCAAUCAAGAGCUUCAGUUGACGAUCAUUUCCUUUAUUCUCGUGACCUAAAUGUGCAAUUCAGAGGUGAUAUCGUUCGGAGAAAUUAGAUGCAAGUCAAUCUUAGGGAUCAAAGAGUUGAAAAGGACUUUUUAAGUUUAAUUCCUCAACUCCUCAUCUUCUAUUUUUCCUCAUGUCUUUUCAGUUGUGAAAUGUUCUGAUGACACAGACGUUGCCUUCGUAGUCGACACAUCUGGAAGCAUCAGUGACGAGAACUUUGUUAAACAAAAAGACUUCAUCAAAGUUCUUGCCUCUGCAUUCGAUCCCUCCAUAGAAGACCAUCAGCUCGGUUUAAUAUCAUAUAGCAGUGACGCCCAAGUAGAAGUCAACUUUCGAGACAAAGCCGAUGCAGCACAAUUCGAAAGCGCCGUCGACCGUGUUCCACAUACGAAGGGGCGGACGCGCCUUGAUAAAGCGUUAACGUUAGCGGCUACUCAAAUGUUUUCCACCAGCGGCGGCACACGCUCGGGAAAACGUAAAAUCAUGGUUAUCCUUACAGAUGGACGACAGAGUCAAGAUCCAGAUACGAUACCCCUUCAGGAAGCUGUCAGUCCUUUACGAAAGCUUGGUGUACGCGUAUAUACAGUGGCAAUUGGAGACGAGGUCGAUCUUAACGAACUUUAUCAAGUUACUGAAGGGAAAGAAGAUGUGUUCCCCGUUAGUGAUUUUGCUAACUUGGCUAACAUGGCAACCGACAUUGCUUCGAAAACUUGCAAAGUAAAAGCUUUCCGAGGUAAGUAAUUUUAUUUAUUAUAUCUCUGGCAGCGCCCGUGGGCAAGAUGAAGCGAAUCCUGUGUUCUAAUUGGCUAUCCGCGCGGGCAAAAAAGGCCCAUAUUGCCCUCUCGGGGUUGUCCGCUCUGAUCUCUAGGAAAUGAAAAAAAGUUGCGUGUUGUAAACUGACAAAGUUUGUUUACGAAGUCCAAAAUAAUUGACUGAUUAUUUUUAUUUAUUGUAUGAAGCUGAAUGUAAAGAACGCAUCAACUUGGCUUUCGUUAUGGAUAUGUCAAGUAGCAUCACAGCCAAAAACUACCCAAAACAAAAAGACUUUAUCAAAAGAGUGGCAGACACAUUUUCGAUCUCAGAGACGCAGACGGACGUUGGUGUUAUCACUUACAACCGGGAAGCCAAGUUAUGGAUCAGUUUCGGACAGUACAACAGUAACAACGAAUUUAAAGAUGCUGUAGACAAAAUUCCUUACUGGGGAGGUCAAACGCGAAUCGACAACGGUCUUGAAAUGGCAGCUGUUUCGCUUUUUGGUGAGUUGAAAGGCGAACGCGAAAAGCUCCCAAAUGUGCUGAUUCUACUAACGGACGGCCAGCAAUCUUCAGAUCUGAAAGCUACGCCUUUAGAGGAAGCCGUGGUGCCGUUGUUUCAGCUCGGUGUUAAGGUGUUUGCUGUUGGGGUUGGUGACCAAUUCUCGCGCGAUGAGCUAAGGUUGAUUGUUGAAAAGGAUCGCGACAUCUUCACUGUGAAUGAUUUUGAUGACCUGCUCACGAAAUCUCACGAGAUUGCUCGCACAGCCUGCGACGCAGCUGAAAGUAAGUGUUUUAGAGGUGUUGCUUAAUCAUAUUUGCUGACUUAAUGAUUGAAAGUAGGUUCUCGAAACAGUUGUCAUCAUCAUAUGCCAAGGUUGCUAGGUCAUUUGGGAUUUUACUGAGUUGGAAGGUUUUAGAAUCUUGGCAUACUAUGAUGUCAAUUAUACUCGUCUUCUCCCAGGGUGACCCAGCAUUCUUUAAAAAGUAUUUGUUUCAUUUCUCCCGUUCUAAUCCGUCAUAAUUUUUCAGAUUCACAGGGAUCAGCCGGUAAUUACCAGCCAAAGUCUUGUUUCAAAAACAUAGACGUCGGAUUUACUGUCGACUCUUCAGAUAGCGUCGGCGAACAGGGAUACCAAAAACAGAAACAGCUUGUUCAGCGGCUCUCCUCCUUUUACGAUAUCUCAAAACAGGACACCAGGAUCGGAGUUGUAAUAUACGGUGAUAAAGCUUUCACUACCAUCGGGAUGAACAGUUACCGCGACUCCUCCAUUCUCCAGCGUGCUGUAGGGUUUCUACCCCGUCUCGGUGGAGGCAACAGAAAGGAGAAAGCCUUGGUUGCAGCUAGGAAGAUGUUCAAGGCAAAACGACCACCAAGCCAGUCGGGAGCUUCACAGCCAACCAAAGUUCUAGUCUUCAUUACAGAAGGCCCGCAGUCUGCCACAGAAGCUGACACAUUCUCAUUAUACCACGCGGUUCACCCGCUCGAGAGAAACGGAGUCCGUGUUAUUGCGGUGGGGAUUGGGUCCAAAGUGGUAUAUCAGGAGCUCAGAAGCCUUGUGCUAGAUUCCAAUGACAUUUACCUGACAACGUCAUUGGAUGACGUAGACAAAGUAUCACGUGAUCUGAUCAAGCUCAUUUGUAAGGUAAGUUGAGAUUUCAUUAUAACGCUAAAAAAUAAUCUAUCAGCUGGCUUUGUCGAUUGCAACAUCUUUCUUCAAUCCCUGAACCCCCUUUCCGAGCUUAAGAUUCACCAUCUAACUUGUGGCUUUCCACAUUACUGAUCCUGCCAGUUUGUUGGAUGUGUGUCCUAUAUCGAUCUAUCAAUUGAAGAUGAUUUGGUUCCAUCAACUUAGUUGAUAAUAUAAAUUGGCUCUGUCAAGAGUUUUUAAAGCUGACGUUUCGAGCGUUAGUCCUUCGUCAGAGCGUUAGCAGUGCCUUAAGGUGAUUCUAUGGGACGCCGAAUCAAUCAAUAUUCCCUCUGUAUUUCUGUGACCCAGUUUACUAUUUACAUGGACAAUUCGACUCUUAAUAUGGUCAACUCGACUUUUUAUGCGAUCAACUUUUUACUAUUUAUAUGGUUUAUUCGACUUUUUAGCUAACGAUUAAAGCCCUGACCUCCUCCCCCAUCCACUUCCCCCCCCCUUCAGUCCUAUAGGGAAAUCUGCAGCCUUUUAGAUAAAAAUUGCUAACACCUUUUCUGAAUUUUCUCUUUGCAGUAUUGAGAUGACGAAUGACAUCAAGAGGCGAGUGGAUUCCAGUCACAUCCUAUAUUGGUGGCAGCUAAGAACAUUUCACAAAAUGACAAAAUAAAUCUGGUUUGGAAAAUAUAUUUGUGGAUACAAAACCUCGUACCAUUAUCAACAAAAACCAAGUGACGUCUAACCGUAUCGUACUCUCCAAUUUGGCAAAGUUUCUGAUUGGUUACGUAACGGCAGCUAUUUGUUGGUUUUCUUAUCUUGUCAUCCAGUCAAAGAGGAAGAUACUACAUAAAUAUGACUGGCGUCAUCUUUCUUCUUACGCGCGUGGCUUGAUUUUGUAUUAGUAGGGAAAUGAAGGAAAUCCAUUUCGAGAUGUUACCGGUCAAUCAGAAACUUAAUCAACUGAAGCGUUACAGUCCUUUUCUCUGCAAGAUUUUAUAAACGAGACAAUAAGCUGAACUUUGUUGAAACAGGCAGAUUUUCAGAAGAACUGGUAAUAUUACAUGCUACAAUUAAUUGAUAUGAUUUUAAAUAUACAAUAUGUGUAUUUUUUUGUAAGUUGACUACGAUCAGAACGCUUUGGUUGAUUGUGACAAAGAGGAUCAGGAAGGUAGUCAUUGAAUAUUUUUGACUAAAUGUUACGCGCGUAAAUUACAUCUCUUGACGUGCACUGCCAAGAAAUUAUUUUACAAGCAGCUUUCCUUUCAGAAAUAAAUGAAUUAAGACACAAGGAAAUAGUUGAAAUUAUUUAUUAAUGCCAUUUGAUAAAAAUAAGAGUUUGUUAUUUUAAAACUGCUGUUGAAAGGAUUUUGUAAAUAAUCCAAUUAAGACAUUGUUAGGGAAUAAAAAGAAUUGACCUUAAUCCAUGGUAUGUUUGUUUAUAAAACGGUUGAAAUUGUAACGGGUGAAGGCGUUUGCGAUCACACUAAGUAAAGGCUGGAGGCGGAGAACCUGAACAAAUAAAGAAGCCUUGAUUGUGCUCUGUUCUGAUGUAAAGUACACACGAAGCGGCUAGCGCACGAAAGAAGUGUAAAAAAAAACAGGAGACGUAGUUCUUGAGUGCUCCAGCCGCUUCCAAG